CCCGUCGUACUAAACUCCACAGCCUCCUGUUCGGUGACACACCCGGGGUGAGAAUCGUCGUGCGAUUCCGAUUUCUCCCUUCCGCUGGUGUUCUUGACAUCACAGUGCCGGUGUAUGGAUACGCGAAACUGUUACACGUACAGCCCUUGGUCACGUCGGCAACCCCUCCCGGCCCUCAAUGACAGCUGCCGAUCCCCCGAUAUCCGCCGAUUCGGGUCUUCUUGGCAACCGACUCGGGACCAUGAUCCGACGAUGGCCGAGUACAGCCCCCUCAGCGACGCAUGUUUGGUCACGGCGAACGCGAUUCAGAGGCCUCCAACUUGUGCAAUCUUCGACCUUCGCCUUCAUGUGAGACGUUUUCCGAAACCAAAUGUCCUGUCUGACUCCAGGCCGAGAAGAUCCGCGAGGUGCGCUGUCGGUCGAAAGUAAAUUCCCGAGACGGACACACAAAGAUGGAGGAAAUGAGCCAGUAUGGAAGUUGAUGAAUUCUCACCUCUCAGGGUGCUUGAAGCCUCUGAUCGUGCCAUAUCUCAAGGGCAUCUGCAACCCCAGUCUAACACAGAUUGUCCGCAGAACUGCCCGCUUUGGCAACCCGCGCCCAGACGGGAGAGCCCGCACUCAUCCGCCUCACCCGGAUCCAAGACAACAACCCCCGUCUCAAACUCAGCGGCUGUGUGGCUGACGAUCUACCAAACAGCAACAGGAACAAUACCCUAGACGUUUCACGUAUUGCAU